GAGAGGGGACGGCGGCGGCCAUUUUGUGCGGUGCUGGGUCGCUGCUGAGAGCGGCGGGCGGGAGGCAGGCAGGCGAGCGAGCGAGCGCCGGGCCGGCGGGCAGCAGGGCGAGGCGGGCCACUCGGGAGCGGGAGCUGCGGGGUCCGCAUUGCCGCUGAGAGGCGAUGGCGGAUAUAGACAAGCUCAACAUCGACAGCAUCAUCCAACGGCUGCUGGAGGUGAGGGGUUCAAAACCAGGUAAAAACGUCCAACUUCAAGAGAAUGAAAUUAGAGGACUGUGCUUGAAAUCCAGAGAAAUCUUUCUCAGUCAGCCUAUUCUACUAGAACUUGAAGCUCCACUUAAAAUAUGUGGUGACAUCCAUGGACAAUACUAUGACUUACUUCGACUCUUUGAAUAUGGAGGUUUUCCACCAGAAAGCAACUAUCUAUUUCUUGGUGACUAUGUUGAUAGAGGAAAACAGUCUUUAGAAACAAUUUGUCUCUUAUUGGCCUACAAAAUCAAAUAUCCUGAGAAUUUUUUCCUUCUUAGAGGGAACCAUGAAUGUGCCAGCAUUAAUAGAAUUUAUGGAUUUUAUGAUGAAUGUAAAAGAAGAUAUAAUAUUAAGCUGUGGAAAACAUUUACAGACUGUUUCAACUGUUUACCAAUUGCAGCCAUUGUGGAUGAGAAAAUAUUCUGCUGUCAUGGAGGCCUGUCGCCAGACCUUCAGUCAAUGGAACAGAUUCGGCGAAUUAUGCGCCCCACUGAUGUACCAGAUCAGGGUCUUCUUUGUGAUCUGUUAUGGUCUGACCCUGACAAAGACGUCUUAGGAUGGGGUGAAAAUGACAGAGGAGUGUCCUUCACAUUUGGUGCUGAAGUGGUUGCAAAGUUUCUCCAUAAACAUGAUUUGGAUCUUAUAUGUAGAGCUCAUCAGGUGGUUGAAGAUGGGUAUGAGUUCUUUGCAAAAAGGCAAUUGGUAACUCUGUUUUCUGCCCCAAAUUACUGUGGAGAAUUUGACAAUGCUGGUGCCAUGAUGAGUGUGGAUGAAACUCUAAUGUGCUCUUUUCAGAUUUUGAAACCUGCAGAGAAAAAGAAGCCUAAUGCUAGCAGACCUGUAACGCCACCAAGGGGUAUGAUCACAAAACAAGCGAAGAAAUAGUAAAUUUGGUACUGCCUAGUUGGGACUUGUAUUAUAGUAUAUAACCUCCAUUUUUAAAACUGUAACGUGUACUGUUCGGCUUGCUCAAAAUAGAUAACGUGUUGUGGUUUUUCAUUUUGAUUUAAUGAAUGGCAUUUGCUGGUUGUAACAGCAAAUGAAAGACUUUUCUCCCUUCCCAAGAAGAGUUUUUAAAACUUCCCUUAUGUCGGUGUUACAGCUGUACACUCCACAGCAUCUUAUCCUGUCAUUAUGGGUAAUUGUACAACUGACUUUUUUGAAUCUGUACAAUGCGUAGUGUAAAUGCUUGUUUUCUUCUUUAGGAACUAAAGAGGGCACUAGUGUGCUGUGAGAUUAGAAAUUUGUUAUUGUCUGAAGUUACAUACUGUUUAUACAAACCACUGUGAACUUUUUUUACUUUAAAAAUUUGUUUUAAAGGGAUUGCUUUUCUUUUAAUGUCUUGUCAUGUACACAUUAGUUUUAUUGCUGUCAACAUAAGAAAUAACCCUCAACCUGACCAGCAUCACUGGUAUGAUGUAUAUUUAAUUAAAGCACACUUCCCCUCCCAUAUGCUUUAAAUGAAAAUUAAAGCCAUUAUUUUAAA